AUGGACGAAGUGGCCUUCUACGUCACUCAGGGAGACCCCGAGGAUAAGCAUUCGAAGGAGUCGUUGGGAGUGGCGGCCUCGGUGCACAAGUCCCACACUUAUGCUUCCUUCAGAAACGCAGAUUGUCCACUCAAUGGAGCUGCCAUCACAGGCAUGGGCCCUGGCGAAAGGUUAUUCGUUGCUGGCAAAGAUAAAGCGUUGAUAACGUGUUAUUCUUGGGGAAAAGAAGGUGCUGAUCAGAAGUUUCCGAUCCCAGAAACGGUUUCGUGCUUGAGUAUAGCUGAACAUCCUGUAAUUCCUGAUAAUGGUGGGGAAGCGAAAAUCGCAUUCCACAAACCAAAGCAGCACAUACCGUGGUUACUCGCGGCCGGCACAGCUACGGGAAAGCUUUACAUUUGGGAACUAGCAUCGGGCAACUUGCUAUGUGUGAAAGAUGCUCACUACCAAGGCAUCACAUGUAUCAGGUUCACGAAAAACAGCGACUUUGUGAUCACUGGAGGUUCGGACUCUAGAGUCACUGUUUGGAGAACAGUGGACUUGGUUUCUUUUGACGAUGAGCCUGCCAAACCAUUUGCUACCUUUUCUGACCACUCUUUAGCUAUCACUGAUAUCGCCGUUGCAGAUUCUCCGUUGCCUAUAGACGUCAAGAUCUAUACUGCCUCAAAAGACUCUACAGUGAGAUUGUAUAAUAUCGUUCACAAGAAGUUACUCACAACUUUCGUGUUCCCCUCUCCUGUGGAAUGUAUAGCUCGUGAUUCUGCCGAUAGAGCUUUCUACGCUGGUCUUACUGAUGGCACUAUAAGACAGGUGCCAUUGUACGUUGUCAACAAGGUUUCCAAUGCUCUUGAGAGUGUUGUAGGGACGGGAAAGGUGGUGACUGUGGCAGAGGACCCAGAAGUUCGUGAAACUUUUGUCUACCAUCAAUCGUCGGGAACUGAUCGACAUGCCACCAGGCUCAGCGUCUCUUUUGACGGUAUGAGCUUGAUAUCAGGCGACACCCACGGCCAUGUGAUUGUUGGAGACGUUGUCACAAAACAGAUCAUUAAAUCAUUUACUCCUUGCAAAUCGGCCAUUGCAUUCUUACACGUCGAGACCCACUCAGAUGCACUUCUCAAAACACAGCAAUCGUUUGACAAAAAAUCCCGUCUUCUUCAGCCAUUGAAAAGAGUCAUCUUCUCUGGCGAGGCCAUGGAUCACGUCGUCCACAUGGAGAUUACUUCACCUAUAGAGGAAGAGCAGACUAGAGAGGAAUGGUAUGAUGAAUUGGCUGAAGUAGAGCAGGAGUUCAAGAGGGAAUAUGAACAACGAAUGAAAGCUAAGGAUGACACCAAAGAUAAGGAAACAAUUAAGGAGCUUCAAGAGAAGCUUGAAAAAGUGUCAGGAGCGUACAACAACCUCAAAGGCAUGUACGAGGAGCUUUACAAGGAGACACAAGAACAAAAAUAA